AUGCCAUGCCAAAGUUCUUCAUCUUCAGUUCAUGACCUGCACAUUCAUACAAAAAAAAAUCCAAGUCAAUACAAGCAAUCAUACCAAAAUACCCCCAUUCCCACCGCUACCCUCAUUUCACACAGUAUCACAAAAAAAGUUGCCUCCUCCUCGACAUCAGACAAUAAUAGCUCAUUCAGAGGAGAUGAAGACGAGCAUGUGGAACUGCAAGCUCACUUUUCAGAUUCUCAAUCUACUGGAAAAUCCUCUAAGUCAAAUGUAAAUAGUUCUUCCAUGAAAGAUAAAUCUUAUUUACCUCACUAUGAUUCAUUGAGCACUGUGGUUGAAAAUUUACAGUCAGAACCUAUUUUAUUCUCAACUACUAAAUAUCAUGAAGCAGAGAUUGAAGGCUUGCCAUCCAACCAGCUUCCAGAAAUUGUUGAGUUUCAAAAUACAGAUAAUAGAAAGUUUGUCAUGUGUGAUGAUGCCCAUGUUCACGAAGAAGGGGUUUCUGACUCUCGGCAAACAAAUUCUGAGCUGUUGACUUCAGGAAAGAUGUUGUGUUCUGAUCUUGAACCUACCAAACCAGUGACGCUACCUGCAGUGAUUCAGUCAGAUGAAAGUGUUUCUGACAAUGUUGAGCUUAAUAGAUUAGGAAAUGGUGCAGACAGAUCAGGUCUUGUUGAAUCUGUUGCUUCCAAACCUUCUUCUCCCUCCCUUAUAAAAGAUGAUACGGUCCCUGUGUACUCUUCUGACAAAAUUUCAUCGGACAACUUGGUUGAUGAUUCCCUUUGUAAUGAUUCACAAGAAGGUUCCCUUUGUCCAUCCAUCAAAGAAUUAGGCUUGAAUUUAGGUGAUGAAAUAAAUGGAUUCAGCAGCAGUGUUGAUCCAGUUGAAGGUGAUGGUCAUAUUGAAAAUCCUUCUUCUUAUAUUCAUGUGAUGGUAAAUGGUGCGAUCACUGAGUCAAAAGAUCAACCCAUUCCUUCUGUUGAUAGUGCUGAAAAUGAUGCGGGUAUCAUUACUUGUCCAGCUUCAAGUAUGAUUAGUUCUCCUUCAAGAAGCCUUUCAAAUCCGCGAGAACUAGUCCACGCUUCUUCAGACUCUUAUCCAAUGGAAUCCAAUGAAGUGGAAUUGACUCAAAUUUCAUCGGACUCAAAUACAGAGAGUCAAUUGGCACCAUUGCCAGAUACAACUAAUAUUUUAUAUUCUCCAAUGAGUAAUCUCACAAAAUUAGAAGAAUCUGUUUCUGCUUUUGCAGAUCUAAAUGAGAAAGAGACAGAAGACCAUGAGGUAGUUGCUAGAGAAUCUUUGACAGCACUAGAGGGACAGAAGGCAGCGGGUCAUCCAGAACUUGUUUCUUCAGAUGUACAAAUGAACCUCAACAAAUUGGUGCCUUGUGAUGAUCUUCCAGAUUUGGGAAAUAAUAUUGAAAAAUCUCCUCAGAGGAAGAAAAUCCUACAGAGUGUUUUCCAGGAUGAUGCGAAAGUGGUGCCUGGAUUUUCUGGGUUUGACACCCGGCAGUCAGAAUCUACUAGUUAUGGCCAGAAUGAUCUUAUACAGAAUGACACAAAUAGUUUUUCAUCUACACCUGAUAACAAGUUGGAGUUUGAAACUUAUUUUGAGCCACACUUACAAUGUCAACUUGAUGAACAGGAUGGAGAGUUUCCACUCAAUUACGAGGAAAACUUUGGCUCUGAGAAAUCUCAAUCUCAGCAGAUGCAUAUAAAUCAAAUGAAGUAA